AUGGCCACAGGCGAGCUUCCAUCUUCUCCAGAGGUCUCCUCUGGUUCCUAUCAUCACACAGCAACCAGCAACGUUGUGAGUGAGAUGUCUUCAUCCUGCAUUACAGGACACAAACUCAACGGCAGUAAUUACCUACAAUGGUCAUCCUCUGUCCGAUUGUUCAUCCAAGGAAAGGGUUGUUACGCACAUCUUACUGGCGAAGUCAUAUCUCCUCCAGCAACUGACUCAAGCGCUCGCGUAUGGGAGAUUGAAGACAGCAUGGUGAUGUCGUGGCUCAUCACAUCAAUGACCCCAGAAAUUGGAGAGAAUUUCCUACUCUAUGAAACUGCUCACGAAAUCUGA